UAAAGGCGGAUUUAAAGGGGGAAAAACCCAGCGCUUUUUGCCCUCCGGUCGGUGGGUGUUUGCGCCGCGGCGCCCCUCUUGGUGGCUUUGGCUUUGCUCGCUGGGUUGCCCCGCCGGCUUGGGCGCGACCACCAGAAAGGUAAAGAAAACCAAAGCCUCAAGGAAGCAAUCAGCCCAAAGGACUAAUGACCCACGUGAACCACAGCCUCCUCUAACCUGAGACCAGAAGCACUAGAUGGUGUCCAGCUACGCACUACUGACUGCUUUUACCGAGAUCACAACCGAGGACCCUGGUUAAUUUUAGAAUGGGAGAAAAAUGUAGAACAAAAUUCAAAUCAUAAAAAGGCCAGGCUUACUGGUCUGACAGACUGAAGGAACCCCCAAGACUAUUGCCCUAAGACAGCCUUCUAACCUGGAACUGAAGCCACUCCUGGAGGCCACCUUUCAGCUGAAUAGACUGGCCUAUAAAAUAAACAAUAACAUACAUGAGGAAAUGUGCUCUUUAGAACAAUCAAUUAUACGAGACCAGAAGAUAAAAAUUCAGAUUGAGUUGUCUUAUCAGUGGCUCCCAGAAGAGUCACCCUCUGUGGGAGCACAUCAGUUGUGGAGGCGAAGACAGAGGACUGGAACCAGGAUCAGAGCUCAAAGAUACUAGAAAAUCUGGGCUCUAAAUUCUUAUGUAGGCCAGCUGCAAAAUGCAACCAUAACAACAGUUGCAAGACAUUGAGGACUUUAACAUUCAUUGUAAACUUUGGAACAAAUUGCUUACUUCUUUGAAGGCUGGAUCCAAAAAGCACAAUGAAUACAAGAAUGUGCUGUGGUAGCAUGGUCAAUUCCAGACAAGCCCAUAAGCGGGCUGGGAUAGGAGGCCCAACCCCUGAGAUGGCAUUGGAAGCAGAACUGAUAGAACUCAGGGAAAGUGAUAGGGAUGAAGUAGUAGACCUCACCUGUGAAUCUUUAGAACCCACAGUGAUUGAUCUAACUCAAAAUGACUCUGUUGUGAUAACUGAAGAAAGGAGGAGGCCAAGGAGAAACGCAAGGCCACUUGAAGGCCAAAUUGGCAGCUGUGUGGUGAGCAGUGAUGAGGAGGGGUUGAUGAGGGACAGAGAUGUGUAUGUGAUCAACAGUGUCCACCACAAUGCCCUGGAAGAAGAAGCUUUACGUUGCCGGCUACCUGGUUAUAUCUGCUGUCGAAUUUGCAUGGAUGGGUAUUCAGAGAUUGAACAGAGCGGAAGAUGCAUCUAUUCUACAGAAUGCGGCCACAUCUUCUGUAGUCAGUGCCUCCGCAAUUCCCUUAAAUAUACUAAAACUUGUCCAGUUUGUUUGAAAAAAAUCCGUGGCCAUGAGUACCACCGCAUUUAUGUAUGAUGUGUGCUGUGUUGUUCAGGACAGACAGCCUGGCUGGCGUUUUCCACGUGCUACUGUAGAACUAUGGAUUGUUGGCAUCCAAUGCUCUGAGCUCAAAAAGCCUGAUUUUUAAGUCUGCUAUCUGCAGUAUAUAAAAAGCUGUUUUGUUUCUACAUACUAUGAGAUGCUCCUUUUUGUUUUUCUUUGGUUUCAUGCCACAGGGCUGGACUUUGGUGGUUGUCUCAGUGUGCCAGAGACAAGUGGCUGUCCCCAAAGCAAUUUUUCCCUUUCUUUCCCAUAGUAAUCAAUUUCUAGUUGGCCACCUGUGGCCAUUUUGGAUCAUGUAAAUGAGGGCACCACCCUAGAGAUGGUGGAGCAAGUAGACAGAAGGAACCUAGGAGACUGACGAUGUCACAGACAAGAGCAACCGUACAAGUUUGGACUUUUAUGUGCAAGAAGUAUGAAUUUCAUCCUUGUUUAAGCAACCAUUAUAUUGGGUCUGGAGCGCUGGUGGCACAAUCGUUAAGUGCUCGGCUGCUAGCUGAAAGGUUGGCAGCUCCAACCCAGCCAGCGGCUCCACAGAAGAAAGACCUGGCAAUCUUCUCCCAUAAAGAUUAUAGCCUAGAAAACCCCACGGGGCAGUUCUGCUCUGUCACAUAGGGUCACAGUGAGUUGGAAUCGGCUCAGUGGCAUCUAACGACAUGUUGGUCUUGGCUAGAUUAAUGGAAACUGUAUUCUGAUUAAUGGACUAGGCAGGGUAUUGCCUCUGGAUUUCUCGAUUCCUUUGGGAGUAGAAGUCAGUCAGUCUUUUCUGGCCACCUGUUCAACCAGCAGAGUGAAGGGGGUAUACUACUAGGCACCCUGCCCUGCUGAGUCUUCUAGUGACCUGUGAGGCCGGCCUGGGCAGUGGCCUGGGCACAAUGGAAUACGGAGGCAUUGUCCUGUGCUCUCUUGAACCUGCCAGCCAGAGAAGCGCUGUCUUCACCCUGGAUUUACAGGUAUGCCUGCCUUUGACCACCCUGAUCAACUGAUCAACAAGUCUGCAUGUGUCUCUGUGAACAAACAGAUCAGCUCAUCACCAUCUCAGCUGCUCUGGGGCCUGGCUGGCUCAGAGGCCUUGAGAAGACCCUCCACUGCUAUCCUUUGCAGAAUGUCGCAUGGCACUCACAGUUCAGUCUGCACUUUUGACUGGAGGAGGGUGGUCUCUGCAAAGCCCUCUCCCUUUCUCAGAGAGUGAAACGCGGAAUAAAGCUUGCUCUACA